AUGAGCCUUUCGACUAGCUCAAUCACCAAUGCUGCCUUUGGAUCAUCGUCUGGAUCUGCUGGUGGACAAGGUGCCAAUGGUGUUUCCUGCGCUUCAUGUGGUGGUGGUGGCAUGGGUGGUGUUGUCCGUGUUCCAUCUCCAUGUGGAGGUGGUCUGGGAGGUGGUGCACUCCUCACCCUCAAUGGAAACAUUGGUCUCAACCUUGGAGGACUCCUCGGAGGUCUCGGACUCGGAGGUCUUCUUGGAGGAGGUGGUGGAUGCCACUGCUAA